AUGGCUUUCGCUUAUGAAAAUGUUGAAGAACACUAUUACAACAGCACACAACAACAUAACUUUAAACAUCGGAUUCAUAAGGUGACGUGGGUAUCACCCGAUCGGGCAACCGAAAAUCAAAUUGAACACAUCGCUAUUAGCAAAAAAUGGCGUAGGUCUCUGCUGGAUGUGCGUAACAGAUGUCGUGCGGACAUAUCGAGUGAUCACCACCUCUUAAUAGCCACCAUACGCCUUAAAGUUGCUGCCAUAAAGAAUAAUAAAAAUGGUUUCCAGAAGAAAUUUAACACCUACAGACUAGAAGACCCUGUCACUAGAAGCCGUUUUACCAAUGCCGUCAGGGACUCCUAUCAAGAGGAACGAGACACUGAAGAACACAUAGGCUACAGGACCUCGCCCAAGAAGCCAUGGUUGACGGGAAAUACGUGGAAUCUAAUAAAUCAGCGUGCAAAGGGAAAGAACGAAGUAAACUGUAUACGCCAGAUUGGACAAGAUGGUGAAGAAAAGCGCAAGGGCGGAUAA